AUGCUGGAUUCAAGAAGGUUUAAGCAAGUGGAUGUUUUCACAAAUAAAAGAUUUAAGGGUAACCCAGUUGCUGUAUUUUUCGAUGCAGACGAUUUAAAUUCUGAGGAAAUGCAAGCAAUUGCAAAAUGGACAAAUUUAUCCGAAACUACAUUCGUAUUGAAACCCACUAAUGAGGGGGCUGAUUAUAAUCUUCGUAUUUUCACACCUGGAAAUGAACUCCCUUUUGCAGGACAUCCGACGAUUGGAUCCUGUUUCGCAUUGAUUGAAAGUGGUCUUAUUCAACCAAAAAAUGGAAAAUUGAUCCAGCAAUGUGGUGCAGGACUCGUUGAAAUCCUGAUUGAUGGCGAUAUUUCUACUCCAAGAGAACUUAUUCUUUCGUUUAAGUUGCCUUAUUCUUAUAUAAUACCAAUUGACUCAUCAGUUCACUUGGAUCUUGAGAAUGCAUUAAAGAUUCCCUCUGGUUCUUGCUCAACCAUUGCAUCACCUGUCCUUCUCGACGUUGGCCCUAAAUGGCUUACUGUACAAUUAGCUGAAGGUGCUGAUGUAGUAAAUUUAAAGCCUAACUACUCGGAAAUUUCAAAAUUAUCUGAACUCCACCAAUGGACAGGAAUUGAAGUUUUCGGUAAACAUGAAGAUGGAACUUAUGAAUCCAGAAGUUUUGCUCCAGUCAUAGGUGUGAAUGAGGACCCAGCUUGUGGAAGUGGUGCUGGGGCACUAGGCGCAUACUUGUCUCUGAUAUCAGCUAAAGAUACUAAAUCUAUUGAUGUCAAGCAAGGGUGUCAGAUUUCAAGAGACGCAAAAUUGCGUGUUUCUAUUAACACUAGUGGAAACAAACCAUCAAUUUCAGUAGGUGGACAGGCAGUUACAUGUAUCAUUGGUAAUUAUGAACCAUAG